UCUGAAUUUUGUCAGUCUAUUUUGACAUUUCCAUUUCCGGUCAAACCCACGUGGAGAAGAAAAGAAAUAAGCCUUGUAGUCUUUAAAAAGUGAAUAAAAGAAAACAUUUAACAAUGCCAAAGAGUAGGAAAAAGAGAAAUUCUCAAAAAGAUUUCCAGAAAGUAAAGUUUAAAGUAGGAAAGACGAUUCAGAAGGCUGACAAUGUGACCAACAUAUCCUUCCACACAAGGACAAUACAAGUGACACAAAAAAUAAAAACUGCUACAGCCACAGAGCCAAGCACAAAACGUAAACUCAAUGCAGGAGAAUUAUUAAACCAGUUUCAGCAUUACAGUACAACCACAAGAAAUGAUGCAGUUAUGGGUUUAAGAGAGCUGUUAACUUUGCAUCCAGAGGUCACAACACAAAACCUAGUAACAGUGAUAGAAAGAACAGCCCACUUGUUUGUGGAUAAAGAUCCUGUUGUCAGACAGUCAAAUAUCAAACUUUUAAAGGUCCUUUUCAAGGGCGUGUCUGACAAAUAUAUUUCACCUUUCUUCCAUAUCAUUGGAAUUCAUUUAUGUUGCGCCAUGACACAUAUUUUUGAAGAUAUUCAAUCAGAUUCCUUGCAGAUCUUGGACCUGUUACUAGAUCACUUUCCUAGGCUUGUUAUCACCAAUAGUAAUCAAAUUCUGCCAAAUUUUAUUGAACAGAUAUCACGUCAAAGGUUAGGUUCAAAAUCUAGUUCAUCAGCUUUAUCUAUUAACCCAAAUCUUAAAAUGGCAUCUCACAAGUGGAGAGCUAAAGUGUUGACAAGAUUGCACAAGUUACUGUCAGCUAUUUUAGAGAAUGAUACAGAUGCAAGUGGAAAAACAUCCAUAGUCUUUGUCAACCAGGGCAUAAAAUCUGUUACAUGGGAGAAAGAUGUAAUAACUCAGAUCCAGCCAUGGCCAAAGCAUUUUAUAUCAAGGUGGCAACAGCCAGCAUUUGUUCAAAGGUCACAGGUGAAUACAGUGUCGCAGAAGAACCCAGGAGUGUCACUAUCAGAUGAGCCUGGUUUGAAAAGAUUUGUUCAGUUGAUUAUACCCCUGUUAAUUGAAUGUUGGAUAGAGUCUAGCAGUAUUGGAGCAUUUACUGGAAAAGGUUUGAAUGCCCUGGUAACGACUGAUUCCCUGCCAUUAAGAACCAGUGUAGUAAAUGUGAUACAGUUAUUAUGUCAGUAUGUUAUAAAGAAAUACCCAAGUUCUAUGACCAAUGUCCCUGUGAACCAUUCAAUGGAGAACCAGUGUGAAUCAGACAGCCAUUUAAACAUUCAAAAUAAGAUACAGAAAGGCUGGUUACGGAAAAAUUACUUCACAGAUUUAAAAAAUCAUUUAAUGAAAGACUUUCCUUAUUCUGUACAUGUUGCAGCAAAGAAAAAAGAAAAGCAAGACAAUCAAUCUAUGACGGAUGCAGUGUGUAACCUAAAUGUAGCUGUCUGUGACAUCAUGACACAUUUUCUGUCGAGUGAAGAAGCCGUAAAAGAUAAAUGGGAGAUAACUGUUGUUAAGUAUUUAGAGGAUGUCAUCAGCCAGAAUUCUCAAGAUAGACAACGAACAAGAAUCGUUAUUGAAAUAAUUAAUAGAUUGGUCAGACAUUCUAAAACAAUAGAUAUAGACAGUGUUGUUGGUGUAAUGAUACAGAAGUAUAAGAGAAGUCAUCCAUUAUCAUCAGACAAAAAGUUAUUGUUUAAUUUCUUUGCUGGAAUUGUAUUACAUCAAGAAUAUAAACAGAACGUUGGAUCUGAUAUUAUUGAUACAUUUAUGAACUCCUUACCUGCCCUUUUCAUUGAUAUGGUUAGUAGUAACCAAGAGAUGGCAACACAUAUUUUGAGAGUGAUGAAAACAGCGGCUUGUCAGAAUUGUUGGAUUUUGUUACAACAGCUCAACAAGUUUAUCUGUAAAACUGUAGAAACUGGAGAUAUAUUUAAGAUUGAUCUUCUGUCUCAAAAGAGUUUACUGGAGCUGGUGUUUUAUGUACCUCAAUUACAGAAGAGUUCAUUAAAGGUGUAUGCUAAUCUUGUGAGAAAUGAAGUCUUCCCUAUUCAGUCCGCUCUUUAUAUUCUGCAGAUUAUUCAUCAUAGGUAUUCCAAGUUGGAUCAUACACCCAAUGGAGAUGGUGAAUAUAUUAGUUUUAUGAUGAGUGUUCUACUUGGAGUAAUUGAUGGUAAGAAAGAAGACAGAUAUGGAGGUGAAAUCAAUGAGGCUGCAGCAAACAUAUUUCUAACAGAAAGUAAACAAUGGGAGAGAACUCUUGUUCUUUCAGAGGCAGUUAGUUCACAUCUUACCCAGUAUGGUGACCAGGAACAAAUGGUACAAAUUUUGUCAGGAUUUUUGCAAAAAUUGGAUUCAAGUUAUACAGAUAGUAAUCUUAUUUCACUGAUGAUUUUGUCCAAUCAAAUGGAAUUUUACAACUAUCCAGUUACAUCUGCUUUAACAGAAAGUAUUGUACCAAAUUUCUGGGUAUUUUGUAAGAAAAUAAUAGCAACAAGGAACAUCUUGUUGAAUAAUUCGCUGGAUGAGUUUAGAAAUGGAUGCACUUCUGUUUUACAAAAGAUGGUGGAAUCUGUUUGUUGCAUGGAGAAUGGUUUAUGUUUAUUGGUUAAAAUUCUGAAAGAAAACCUCCUUGAUAAGAAAACAAACCAUUUGGAACUGAAGAAAGUUUGUCAAACUGGUUCACUCUGGAUAUGCCACUAUGCCAACUGGAUAGACAGAUUGAAAACUCCUGCCAAUGUGAUUCCUGAAAUAACAACAACAGUUUCUUUAAUUCAGAAAACCUAUCCUGAGCUGAGAGAACAACAGUGGUGGUCAGAUUUAUCUUUCCUUGUGUCAAGACUUAAAAUAUAAAUAAAAUAUAUAAGUAAAC